CCAAUGAGCGGCGGCGUGUCGUCACCGGCAGCCAACGGACGGUGAAAGACCGACGUCGGGGGCGGGACGGCGCCGUUGCCAAGGUGGGACAGCCGGAAGCUGCAGGAGAGCGAGCGCGAGCGCGGAAGAUAGAGGAAGUGGAAGAGGUAAAGCUCUCUGUGGUUAUGGCAGCCAGGUCUCCCACUCCUUUGCUAUAUCCCAAGAAAGGCCACUGACUAAGAGCCAACCCCAACCUCCUGCCGUGGAGCCAAGAUGAAGGUGCUGCUCGCCAAGAUCCUCUGCUUGGUGGGGGUGUUCCUGCUGAUGCUGGGGGGAGCCCUCCUGCCCGUGAGGAUUAUCCAGGCUGACCACGAGAAGGCCCACCGCUCCAAGCGAGUGAUUUCCCUCUGCAACUCCUUCGGAGGCGGCGUCUUCUUAGCCACCUGCUUUAACGCUCUCCUUCCUGCAGUGCGAGAAAAGCUCCAAGUAGUUCUGAAGCUGGGUAACGUCAGCACGAACUACCCCCUGGCCGAGACCAUCAUGCUGAUGGGCUUCUUCAUGACCGUCUUUGUGGAGCAGCUGGUCCUGACGUUCCGGAAGGAGAAGCCCCCCUUCAUCGACCUGGAGACGUUCAACGCCGGCUCGGAUGCUGGCAGCGACUCGGAGUACGAGAGCCCCUUCAUCGAGCACUCCUGGGGCCGCAGCCAGCACGGCCACAGCCACGCCUUGAGCGUCCAGGAGCUGUCGCGCUCCAACCCCUUGCGCCUCUUCAGCCUGGUCUUCGCCCUGUCCGCCCACUCCAUCUUCGAGGGCCUGGCCCUGGGCCUGCAGGAAGAGGGGGACCGGGUGAUGAGCCUCUUCCUGGGCGUGGCCAUCCACGAGACGCUGGUGGCGGUGGCCCUGGGCAUCAGCAUGGCCAGGGCCGGGCUGACCACUCGGGAGGCCGCCAAGCUGGCCGUCACCGUCAGCCUGAUGAUCCCCCUGGGCAUCGGGAUCGGCAUGGGGAUCGAGCGCGCGCACAACGUCGCCAGCAGCGUGGCCUCGGUGCUCCUGCAGGGCAUCGCGGCUGGCACCUUCCUCUUCGUCACCUUCUUCGAGAUCCUGGCCAGGGAGCUGGAGGACAAGAGUGACCGGCUCCUCAAGGUCCUCUUCCUGGUCUUGGGCUACACAGUCCUUGCAGGGCUCGUCUUCGUCAAGUGGUAGAGCAGCCCGGCGGCCUCCGUUUCCUCACCACACCCGGACGGGACCCCUUUCCAAAGGAUGCCAAAGCCAGACUCCGGGGGAGCAGGGAGCAGAAGGGAAGCUGAUGCACAGGAGGAGGUGCCGUCUGGCCGUGCGUGCAGCAUCUCGUCCUCCGGGCGCCUGCUGCCGGUUGGAACCGGUUGCUGGAAGAGGGUGAUCGCAUGCUCAGCUCCUGAAGCCCUCAGGGAGAUCCUCAUAGCCAUGCUGACUUCAUUGGGAUUUGUGAUCCCCAUAUUCGGGGGGGGGGGGCGGGGAUAGAUACCUAUUUAUAAGCCCGGCAAGAGGGACUAAUCGGUUUUAAGGCUGCACGCUAGUUUGGUGAUUCUCUGUCCCCUCCCAGGUAGCCAAAGGGAUCUGGCGCUUUGUGUUGAGAAUUCAAAUGUCCUUGAAUCCCUGUCUGUGACUCCUGCCUCUUCCCCAGCAAAGCUCUCGUUAACAGGCAACCAAUCAAGUGUGGCUGUUCACAGUCACUGCUGUUUAAUGAAAGGAAGGCGAGAGCUCUUUCAUCCCCCCCCCCCCCCGCAUCCAUGUUGACUGCAUUUUCAUGUUGUUUUUUAAUGAAGUCUGUGGGGACGUUGUUGCUUCCUCCUUCAGACUCGACAUCCUGCUAAGUUUUCCUCCGUAGCUUGGCUGUGUGCAGUUUUCCAGUUACCCGGUUUAGCUGGUGUGUCGAGGUGCCUCUAGCAUGAGGAGACUUUUUUGUUUUGGGAUCGGUGGCUGGUCCUUGGAGGACCCCACAAGCUGUUUCAAAAGAAAAGAAAAAUGCCAAGAGGUGGUGCUCUUACGGCCGCCCCCUUCCUUAUGCCAAGAAGAGAUUCCGGAUCUUGAUUACCAACCUUGGCUGGUUGCCUUCUCGAGCCCACGACGGGCUGCUUCCCCAGGCUCGCUCUGAGGCUGCGGGUGGGUUAGCCAGAAAUCACCGUCUCCUCCCAAGCUGACUGGGCUUUGAAGUUCAGGCAUCGCCUUUCUGGAGGUCAGAUGGAGACCUCACACACGCGGCACCCUGCAAACAUCCCUGCGGACUUUCUUCAUUAGACUGCUCCAAAAUAUCGACUACCCUUUCCUCUGCGUGGGGGUAUGUGAGAGGCAGGGGGCGGGAACAGGGGCAUGGGAAGGCUGACCGUGGCCAUGGGAUGGGAUGGGUGGGUGCCACACCCCUCUGCCCAUUGACAGGCAGCAUGCCACCCCCCCGCCCGGCACACUACCCUGUGCCGGCGUCACUGCAUUGGCGGGCUGAGGCAGGGGGUGUUGCCUGCGCUGGGCUUCUAUGCACUGCCCAGCCAGCUAGCCAAGGAUGCACUGGCUAGCUGAAUGGGCCACAGGCAGGAACCGGGUGGGUGCAGCAGCAGUGGGGAGGGCAGGUGCACCCAACUUCCACCCAUGGCGGCAAGGAGGUGCCUCGGGGGAAGGAAAGGGGUGCCUUGAUGGCCCCUGUGCCCCACCCUUGCGGCCCAGGGACCUAUGUCCCUCUUGCUCAGCAGUGACUACGCCACUAGGUGGGCAUGUGAGCAUGUGGGACGUCUCCGUCGCCCUCUGAAAUCUCCAGCUCCGCACACAUCCAGGGGGGCACCGUCCUUUUCAGCUGGCAUGGCAAGGCAGGGGACAGCUGCUUUCUACCCACAGCCCUCCGCAGGCCGGCAGUGCAGCAGUCGCUGGUUUUGACCAGCCUCCGCUCUUUGUUGACGCAGACCCUGCCAGGAAGCGUAUGGAAGGCAGGCUGCAGAGCGGCUCCCCCCGCAGCUGCUGGAAUCUGCACCAUCUGGCCAUGACCAUUUUCUCGCUCCCGGAGCUUCUAAUUGCUAUGGGAAGCCUGAGAUAAAACUCAGGUUUUGUUGGAGGGAGGGAAGAGGGGUGUGUGUGUGUGUGUGUGUGUGUGUGUGUGUGUGUGUGUGUGUGUGUGUAGAAGGUGGCAACAGAUUGUAACACAAAUCAGCCAAACUGAACAACCUGAGUUUUAAAUGUUGGCAGCAAGUAGCCACACUGUGUGUGUGUGUGUGUGUGUGUGUGUGUGUGUGUGUGUAUUUAUUUAUUUAUAUUUUAUUCUGCCUAGCUGCCACACUACUAUGAGAUGCAGAAGUAGAGUGAUACCUAUAAUUAAAGUACUUUCAGUAGCACAAA